UCUCAUUGUGAUGGAGCAAGCUCUAGCUUUUUAUAUCAUCAGCCAUUUGGGAAAAAAGUGCAUUUGAUCUCUAAUCUUUUUUGAGAGGGUUGACUGUUUAAAGAAAAAAAACCGCAUUCUUCUUUUCCUAGUUGAGCACAUUAAAAUCACCAUUGCAAACAAAUAUGAAUAUUUUAAGGAAUAAGAUGAGGAUGUAUGUCAAAGAGACGGAAAAUAGCAUGAAAAAUCCGAAAGGCAUAGACGAGGUGACCAAUGUCAUUGAGGAAUUUUACAAAAUUACUAUUGGACACGAACAAACCGUUAGCUCCAAAUUUCAAGAUGUCCGCUUCAUUCGUGAAGUUUUCCUGACAGAAUUUUACCCAACAGUGCUUAAAAUUUUCAUCGACACACUACAAGUGGAGUGGUUCACAAGUCCUGAUCAUAAACAUGUGUCAGAAAUCUUUGAUAAGGUAUUUUUGGAUGGUUAUCCUGUUGGUGCUUUCACUGUCCUGAUGAGGAGUGUGGAUAAUUUGGAACUGGGUUUCAGACUAAAUAAGUGUGUAUCUCUACUUGAAAAGUUCCUGGAUAACAGUGGAUUAUUCCAAAUAAUCACAACUGCCUGCAAGGCUGCUCCAGAUAGGAGUCUGGAUUUUCUUUGGGAGGAUCUCAUAAGUUUGAUGGCUACUCUUCCAGACAAGACUGCUAAUAAACUACAGCUCCAGAACAGUGAGAAGUUUUAUCCCCAGCAUUACAUUCCUUUGCUCUGUAGCGAGGUCAUGGAAGUAUUGCAUAACAUGCACCAGAAACUUAGAAAUAAUAAUGACAUACACUUAGAAUUCAUCAGCCGUGUGGUUGGGAAGGUCUGCAUCUCAGGUCACGCAGUCAUUUUGUGGAAUUCCCUUGUCCCCCCUCUGGAGCAGGGUGUACGGGAGGAUUACAUCUGGAGUCGGAUAACAGAGAGGAUUGUUACGGGAGUACCAGACAGGUGUCUGGAGUGUACCCUCACUGCCUUACUCUCACAGCUCACUUGGUAUGGAUUGGUGGAGAAGUUUAUUGGAGGAAGCGUUACCACAAAACAGAAGAUCAAAUAUCUACUGUGUACUAAACUUGUGUUUCACAGACACUCCCAGGAUAUACUUUUACUUCAAAAUAUAAUUGGAUAUCUUGGAUCAUCUCACACCAGAAAAUCCCUGCUUAGAAAGAUGUUGAGGGAGCUUCUCUCUGUCUGGGGGGACAGCAGUGCCCUGAAACAUACCUCUGUAGAACAGCAUCUCUACAUCACAAAGGCUCUAUUUAUAGGCCUGGGGUUCCUUAAAGAAUCAGACAAGGCAGAAAUUAGAGAGGAUUUCAUCCAGCUGCUGAUGCCUGGUAUACAAUGUCACAUAGCGAGUUCUGAUCACAGAAUCCGGAAAAUUGGCAUGGCUCUAGCUGAGACCAUAUCAGCUGUUCUAGAUCCCAAAGGUCAACAGCUUAAGUUUGAGUUUCCCAGAGAUGAGGAAGUAGAAUACCUGGUUUCCUUGACAACACCACCACAAGAUCCCGGGCUACAGAGUUUAAGAAAUGGGAUGAGUAAUGUAAAUAUAACCCCAGUAUCAAGUCAAAAAGACAUCUUGACAGAGAGUGGAAGUGAAGAAAGGGAAGCUAAUCUUCAGAUUGACCCAGAUUUAGAUAGUGAUGAUGACCUUGUGCCAUAUGAUAUGUCCAAUGACAAAAAGUUGACAAAGACCAAACAGCCAAAGUACAUUAGAGACUGCAUGGAAGGAUUAAUCAGUGUUGAUGAUCCAGAAAAAUUAGAAGUGUGUCUGGGUGCCACAGAAGCUUUGAUCAGGAGGAAUCCAGAUGGGCUCUUGGAAAUAGCAGAAGAGUUCACCAAGAUUCUUCUUCACCUGUCAGACAGGUACUCCACAGAUAACUUUGUUCCUCUGAGAUUCAGAUCAUUAGUGGCCCUAGCUGUUUAUGCACCAGAGCAGGUUUCCAAAUACCUGACCACACAGUUUUACGAAAGAAAUUACAAUCUAAGACAGAGGAUGGAUAUUUUAGAGGUGUUAGGAGCAGCUGCUCAAGAGCUUUCUCAACCAUCAGAAUCGCAACCAAUGGAAAAGGGAAAACCGUCCAAUAAAAUAACAGCGCUGGAUUCAGAGAAUUCUUCAGAGGGCUGGAGGGAGAUUGUCAAACAAAGGAUAGAGAGUAAGACCAGAAGAUUUGGGAGAGGAUCCAGAAAAGAGGUGGUGGCAACUAAAAAUAAGUUUGCUCCAGUGGCAGGUUGCUUCUUUUACCCCCUCAUGGCCAACUAUGACAGGAAAGAAAACACAUUUGAUUUGAUGGGAGAGGACAGCCUUGUGUUAGCCAGACUUGUGCAUACACUAGGAGUCAUCAUCUAUGCUGCCAUAAACACACCAGCAGUUAAACAAAUGGCUGACAGGUUGCUCGAAUUUUUGUGGGUCAUCAGAUUCCAUAGUGAUGUGAGUGUGAGACAUGCUGUUUUGUUUGCCGUUUCCAUGGUGAUUUUGUCUGUACCAGGACAUAUUUUACUGACAGACCUACAGAGUGAAAUAAUGGAGACCAAACAUUGGCUUGAGGAUGUUGUUGAGAAAGAUGUCAAUGCUGAAUCAAAGAAGGUGGCGAUACAGAGCCUUGUUCUCCUGGAGAAUGUUAUUAAACAGGAAUUUACCAAAGGGGCUGAUCUGACUUGAAGGAAAUGAAAUCAUCAAGACAUGCUAUUAUGCAGCUCACACUUGACGGUUAUUAAAGAACUCCCAAGUGCAGCAUUGGGCCAAAGGGCAAGAGGAUGUGGAAGAAACAAUGAUAUGCGCAAUCACUGAGUGAAAUAACAUUUGCUAGCCAGAGUCGUUCAAGUUGGGCCAAUUUCCUAGUAUGUCUGUCAAAACUCAAUUUUACAAAACUUUUGUAAAUCUGAUAAAGGAAGGGUUGGCUCAAUAUGGACCUGAUUUUUGUACAUGUAUUGUGGGGGAAAAAUUAUCUUUGAAAUAAAGUUUAUUAUUUCAUGUU